GACGUUGACAGCAUGGAAUUGCAACGAAUAACUUUCGGGACCUUCUCAAACUUUUCAUACCUCACAAUUAGUACAGAAGCGACGCAAUACGAAGACGGGGAUUUGGGUAAAAAAUGCUUCUCAUAGUUACGUUUUUUAUUAAAAUUACAUAUUUAUACACGUGUGGUAUUUUACAGCAACUUAUUGUUAGCGGGCUGGUAACUCUGACUAAUUUGGAUUAUGUCGCGCUACAUAUCUGAUCAAUUUACUUUGACUGAUACACGUUCAUUACAUAUCACCCAACUCUAUCUCAACAAUAUCGCAUCGCCUGAUCUGAGCUUUCAAAGUUCCAUCAUCAAUCACGCCAAGGAUAUUAUCUUCACAAUAUUAUGAAUCCGAUAAUACACAUGAGGUAAUUAUCAAACACAUCCUGUGAUAAGUAUCCGGAUAUUUACUACAUCGACAAUUAUCGAACUUUGGAGUACAAUAAACAAAAAAGGUAAAACGCUUCUUACACUUUACAAAUUCGCCCAUUGAACACGUCUCUAAUCAGAGAUCUCGAUUUUCUUAUCAUCGGCUCAACGAUCGAUCGAGUCGUGCCGGAAGUGCCGUUCGAUCGUCGUUCAACUUCGCGUCGUUGUUCUCCAAAUCUUCGUUAACUAAUCAAUGAAAUCCCCAACAUCUAAUCCCCCUAAACCCGGUUCUCUGAGCGGCGAAAAAUUAUCCCGGGAGAUCGAAAGGAUCCGCAAACUCUCCUUCGCCGACGACAGCGAGGAAGAUGGUGCGAAAAAACAGCGCGAAAAGGCUCUCUCGACGCUGCGUCGCACCACAUCCAAGAUGGCGGCGCGCCUCGACCCCCAACAGCUGCGGCUCCUCACGCACUGCUCCGUCAAAUUGCUGAUCCACUUCCGGAACGUCGUCCGCGUCAAAAAAACCCUCUGCGACUGGAGGGCGCGCGUACGUCACCGAACGGCCGCCGCCUGCUUCUCGGACCUCCUGCGGCUCUUCGUCCCGGAAAGAGAGGACGAGAUCCUCCGCGCCGUGCUGGACGCGAUGCGUCACGAGGACCUGUUCGGGUGCGCGGAUUCCGCGUCGGAGCUGCUGGACGCGCUGGUGGCGGCCGGCGUCCCGGGUUUCGGGGUGUUGGACGAGCUCUGGAACCUCGUCGAGGAGCGGGGGACGCCCUCGGGCCUCGCCAAGGACGUCGUCCGCUCCGUCUACGGGCUCAUGGACUCCCUGGACUGGCCGCGCUCCGAGGAAACGGCCCUCGCGCUCCACCGCCUCCUCGGGAUCUUCCGCUCCGGGAUCGGGGGCCGGGGGGACGGCGGGGACUCACCGGCGCCCUUCGCGUCCCUCAGGAAGGGGCUGAAGGUCUGCCUCCAGCGGGCCCUCGAGCACCUACCCAACGAGGACAUCCUCAUCGCCGUGGAGCGUAUGUGCUCCUGGUCGGUGGAGGAGUCCAUCCGGGACGAGGACGUCCUGGAGUUCGGCAGCAGUCUGGAGUACGCGGCUUUCAGGCACGAAUCCGGUCUGUUCCAGGACACGUUCACGCCGGAGAUCCUUCGGCUCCUGUCGGAGAUGAUCGCCUCGCCCAGCCGGCUGGUGAGCCUGCUGGGGAACCGGGUGACGCAGCACCUCGUCGACAGGGCUGGUAACGCCGGGAUCUUCGAGACGCCGCAGAUAUUCUUCGAGGACACCAGGUACGAUUUCAAGGUGGCGAGGUACAGCAGGGAGGACAAAUCGUUCCUCAGGAGGUACCGCGCCCGGCUGCACGACAGUUUUAUCAAGGGGAUACUGAACCACGGCGCCGCGAGACUUAACCUGGAGACCUCCUACCGCACCAUCUGCCUCCUGGCGGUCGAGGUCCCGUGCGGAUUCACGGCGGCGGCGAUCGUCUGCCUCGUCAUGAACCUCCAGGACCUCACCAUGGAGCGCGACAACCUGAGGAGGGAGGUCGCCUUCCACAUCCACGCCACCGUUGUCGCGGUCCUCUCACUCCUCUGCUGGGUCCACGGCGCCAAGGUUUUCUAUCAGUACGUUAACAAGAUCGUUAUGGAGAGGGCUAGGUGGGCACCCCAUCUCAAUCCGCCUAUACAGUCCCACUAUUAUUUCGCCGCCCACCACGUCCUCUGGGAUAAACCGGAGCUGUUCUUCGUCGACUGGGAGGCCAGGUACGGGUUGUGGAAGUGCUUCCGGUUGCUGGAUAGCUGAUGAUAUUCGUCGCGCUCUCAACUCAGGUUGCUAGGUGUACCUCCUCGACUCGCUCGCCUGAUGCCUCGCCGUGCGUCGAGCACCCGGAGAACGGUCAGUAGACCUUGAACCGUUGCGAGCCGCAGACGACGAACCUUCGGGAUCAAGGUCACCGGAGAAAACAAUCGAGGAUGUCCGAAAGGUACAACAACAACGGUUCCCAAAACUUCUACUCCGUCGUCUCGCCGGUGCGAGGGAGCGGCGCCCUUGGCCAAGGUCGCGGCGGGGCGCCGGCGAGGAGGUCGAGGGCGAGGGUCCUCCCUGAGAAGAGGGACGAGCCGAAGAACGUACGGGACAAAGGGGAGGAGGAGGCGCCGGCGGCUAAUCGCGCCCAGCUGAACCUCACCCUGGUGGGAUCGCCGGCGCCGAGGUCGCAGGUGAGGACGCUGAUCGCGGCGGCGAACGCCGCGAGGUCCCGAAAAACCAGGAGUCCCGUGGGAGGGACGGGCAGGAGCCGGGAACCGAUCGCCGGCUGUUUGGAGAAGUUGAACCAGUUCGCGGACAAUCCGACGAAGUUCGUGCGCCUAGAGGGGAGCCGGGGGACGGGUGCCGAACUCGAGCUGGACCUAGCAUUCUCGGAGCGUACCGACGAAUCGGACAAUUACUACGAUUCCCACAAUAUCGCGUUCGGUGAGAACGGGGAGUACAGGAUACCGGAAUACGACCACAUACGAUUCCUGCAAUUCAGCGUGGGGGACGCCCGCCGCUCCGGAGGGACUCGGCCGCCCUCGGCCGCCGCCGCCGCCUCCCCGAACGCCGGGGACGCGCCGCGGCCGGGCGGCCGUGACACCCGGAGCCCGAUCUCCUCCCUGCGCGGCGACGAGGUGCGAAUAUCGUCCGGCGAACUUCUCCCCGAAGAGGAGGUCUCCUCCCCCGGGAACCCGGAGUCGGCCGACAGCCGCCCUCGCGGGACGCGGAGCCACCCCCUCGGCUCGGCCGCGAACUACAAGAACACCGUCAACCCGGCGGUGGAGAGGUUCAUGCUGGACCCCGGCGGGGGGGACGAUAGUCCGCCGAAGGUCGCCUCCGGAACGUCCGGCGCAUCCGCCUCCUCCCCCGGGACCGGCAGGACGAACUUGAGCAGGACCUCCAGCGCGGAUGGUACCUGGCACGCGCACAGUCUGAACAGUCCCUAUUUCGCUUCGUUGAGAGGGAACGACCGCGGCGACCUUGACGAUGAUUCCUCCGGGACGCCGAGGGAGGUCGGGUGGCACGAGGAGCCGGACGAGCGCCUCACCAUCGUCAAGGACUCCGCGAGGUCGUCCGCGAACGGCGCCGCCCUGAGGUACACAUUCAUCGCGGACGAGAUAGCGUUCGCGGAAUCCCCAGCGAUCGUCGACGGUUCCGUCGAGGCGUUCGCGAAAAUCGAGGAGCUCGACGGCGGCCAUUUUGGAACGCCGGAGGUCCCGCGCUCCCCCGCUUCACCGUCGUCGUCGUCGUCGUCUUCUUCGUCGCGGGUUUCCAAUUCUUCCGCUUCUUCUUCGUCUCGUUCGUCCUCCGGAGGAUCGAGAGGGUCCUCCAAGGCUUCCGGCUCGGCGGGGACGGGAACGGGGGGUCGGGAGGGGGGCGAAAUCCUCGGGGAAUCGGGCCACGCGGUGCCAUCGGAUUUUGCCCCGAUUUCGAACGAUAUUCUGCGGAUGACUGUCGAGGAGGUUUAUUUGGCCGCUGAGUAUUCAAGGAAAUUGUCGGCCAUUUUUGAUCAGGUGCUGAAGAGAUCGGAGAGCGGCGAUUCGGCGACAGGCGAAAUUCGGGGGUCGAGGACGCAGGACUUUCCCAGGAGUUUCUGACAGGAGUGCGGCUGAUUUUGUGAAACGGUAAUUUUUCUAAGAAUGUUGUAAAGGUGCCGAUCGAGAAUCGAGGACAAACGAUGUUGAUACCGAGUGGGAGAUUGUUGGGAAUGAAUUUUUUUUUUUUUUUUGCGAAAUAGUGAAGACUCGGUAAACCGGAAAUAGACAUUUUUGCUAACCGUAUCGAUGAGAAGUGUGAUAUUUUUUAUUCAUGGUUUCAAUAUCCGGAAAACCUUGGCAUUGAUGCCUUUAAAAUAAACUGGCGUCACUGGUU